AUGCCGCGCGCCGGCUGCGGUGGGAUCAGCGAGGGGGGCCCCCGGCAGCAGGCGGAGGGACUGGACGCGCCACUGGUGUCCGGCCGAGGCUGUAUCCGCCGGGAGGGCGGCUGCAUCCUCCCGGGAGACUUUCUCCUUAAAAGCUACGGCAGCCGCCGAGGUGAAGGCUGGAGCGAGGCCGGCAGGCCGGCUUCUGGAGCUUUCCGGGGAGUCGCCUGGGAAAGAACGCAGGAACGCAAGGUGCCGGUUCUCGCGCUGGCGAAACUCAGCGUGACGUUGACUGGACGAGCAGCUGAGGACGGUCCGGAUUCAAGACAGCUGGACCGCCUGGCGCACCUGAGAAUCGGCCCUGGCCACGCCGUGGCGGAGGGCGGGGGGUCCAGCCCUGCCGCCUCGCCGGUCCGAGCCUCAGCCCCCGCGGAUCCCGGCACCUGCUGGCUGCGACCUCCGCCCCGAGUGUGGCUGGGCCCGGACGCCCUGGGCAGGUUCGGCUCUGGGUUUAGCCCCCCUCCCCGCCCCGGGUCCCGUCGAGACCCCGCCCCCGUGCCGUCCAGGCCCCCAAGUGCCAUCGAGGCCCGUAGGGCGGCACCUGGGGAGAGUGGGCCACCGCGCGGGUCUCUGCUCGCACGAGCUGUUGGCUCCGGGGUCCUGUCCGGCUCUUGGGGCUUCCACCUUCUUGUCGGACUCGCGGGUCCCUCCACGUCGGGCUUUCGGAGUCGGCUCUCCGUGCUCGCCUUUGUUUCUGGAGUAAACGCAAGGCGUGCCCGCUCGGGCCUGGCCUUGGGCAUCUCCGUCCUUCGGUUGUCUGCUCCCGGGCGGCUGCAGGCCCUCGUUGCGUGUCUGGGCUGUGAGCGGCGCUUUGCCGGAAACUCUCGAGGGGCGUUCGUUGGUCCCGAAGGCCUGGGCUGUGGCCGUUUGGCUGACGGGGCCCCGGGGCUUCCGCACCAGCAGGCUCCGAGGGUGCGCUCUGCCCUUCCCCCGCCCCCUGCCCGCCAACGCCCCCACCCUGUGCGGCCUCCGGGCCGGCCAGCAGCGCUGACUCUACUCGCGGCUCCCCGCAGGUGCACCUUCAGGUUCCCGAGCACAAACAUCAAGAUCACGUUCACCGCCCUGUCCAGCGAGAAGAGGGAGAAGCAGGAGGCGCCCGAGUCGCCGGUGAAGCCCGUGCAGGCCCACAUCUCGCCCCUGACCAUCAACAUUCCAGACACCAUGGCCCACCUCAUCAGCCCCCUGCCCUCCCCGACCGGAACCAUCAGUGCUGCGAACUCCUGCCCGUCCAGCCCCCGGGGAGCGGGGUCUUCAGGGUACAAAGUGGGCCGGGCAGUGCCCUCUGACCUCAACCUGAUGGCUGACAGCUCACAGCCAGAGCAUGAGAAGGAAACUUCCGGCGGGGACAGCCCGAAGGACGACUCGAAGCCGCCGUACUCCUACGCGCAGCUGAUCGUGCAGGCCAUCACCAUGGCGCCCGACAAGCAGCUCACCCUCAACGGCAUCUACACGCACAUCACCAAGAACUACCCGUACUACCGGACGGCGGACAAGGGCUGGCAGAAUUCGAUCCGCCACAAUCUCUCUCUGAAUCGCUACUUCAUCAAAGUGCCACGUUCCCAGGAAGAGCCGGGCAAAGGCUCCUUCUGGAGGGUCGACCCCGCCUCUGAGAGCAAGCUGGUGGAGCAGGCCUUCCGCAAGAGGCGGCCCCGGGGCGUGCCUUGCUUCCGAACCCCCCUGGGCCCACUCUCGUCCAGGAGCGCCCCGGCAUCGCCCAACCAUGCCGGGGUGCUGUCCGCCCACUCCAGCGGCGCCCAGACACCCGAGAGCCUGUCGAGGGAAGGGUCCCCAGCCCCUGCGGAGCCCGAGCCUGGCGCCCCACAGCCCAAACUCACCGUCAUCCCCGAGGCGCGCUUUGCCCAGAGUGCCCCAGGCUCGCCCUUGUCCGGUCAGCCCGUCCUGAUUGCCGUGCAGCGGCCGCUGCCACCCACCAUCAAGCCCGUCGCCUACGCCGUCGCUGCCCCUGCACCCACCCCCACCCCCCAGCAGCCCGUCGUGCAGACCGUCCACGUUGUCCACCAGAUCCCAGCUGUGUCCGUCACCAGCGUGGCCGGGCUGGCCUCCGCGAGCACGUAUGCAGUGGCAGGGCAGGCGGUGGUGGCCCAGGCGGCCGUGCUGGCCUCCCCGAAGACCGAGCCACAGGAGAACGGUGACCACCGGGAAGUGCGAGUGAAAGUUGAGCCCAUCCCAGCAAUUGGCCACGCCACGCUGGGCGCUGCCAGCCGCAUCCUCCAGCCAUCGCCCUCUGCCCCCGUCCAGACGGUCACCCUCGUGCAGCAGGCCCCUCUCGGCCAGCACCAGCUCCCCAUAAAGACUGUCACCCAGAACGGGACCCACGUGGUGCCGCUGCCCACCACCGUGCCCGGCCAGGGCAACAACGCGGCGGCCAGCCCCCUGCACAUGCUGGCAACGCACGCCUCGGCCUCGGCCUCCCUGCCCACCAAGCGCCAGAACGGGGACCCGUCGGAGCAGCCGGAGCUGAAGCGCGUCAAGACGGAGGAGGGCGAGAGCCUCGUCAUCGCCCUGAGCGUGGACGCGCCGCCGGCAGCCGGGAGGGAGAGGGGCGUCCAGAACUAGGGCGCGGCCGUCUCUGGGAGACCGACUCCCGGUGCUGGAAGGCGACGCCGCGUGUCCCCGGGGCCGCGAGGCCUGCGGCCACCUCAGCCCCGGGGCCUCACCUGGGGGCCUCAGAGCCCUUGGUUUAGAGCUCGACGCGCCCGGGACACCGACGUCGUCCUCCCCCAAGACUCGCGGCCGCGGCGGGGCGGGCCUGCUGGGGCGCCCGGACACGCAGACGCCGGGGCUCAGCCACAGGACGCGCGUCCCCAG